AAAAAUUUCGGGUAUGGUUCUAGAAGUAGUACAAGAGGUAAUGGCCACGCGUGUGCUUCCAGCUCCGGCUCUGAUGCACCGAAGUGGCAAGCAGAAGGCGGUAUUGGAACAGAUCAAGGAAGCGAGCCAAAGAACCAUGGUUGGCGUUGGCAAACAAAUAACCAUGAUUCGUG